CUGUACUGAAAACACGGUGGACGGUCGGUGCUAGUUGACAGUCAGCUCAGCUAGCCAUUUUCUGUAUUAUUUUCACAAUAUUGUGUGUUUCAUAUGCAGAGAAAUGUGGUUUAUUUAUUUACUGAGCUGGCUGUCGUUGGUGAUCCAGAUAUCCUUCGUCACUUUAGCAAUAGCUGCUGGCCUGUACUACUUGGCAGAACUAAUAGAAGAAUACACAGUAGCCACCAGUCGAAUAAUAAAGUACAUGAUACUGUUCUCCACAGGUGUACUGGCAGGUCUCUAUGUUUUUGAAGGCUUCCCAGCAUUGAUGGUGGGAGUUGGCCUAUUCACCAACCUGGUGUACUUUGGCCUCCUGCAGACCUUCCCCUACAUACUGCUGAGCUCCCCGAACUUCAUCCUCUCCUGUGUGUUAGUGGUGGCAAACCAUUACAUGGCCUUCCAGUACUUUGCAUCAGAGUAUUAUCCAUUCUCAGAGGUGCUGGCGUACUUCACCAUCUGCCUGUGGGUGAUUCCCUUCGCCUUCUUUGUGUCACUGUCAGCAGGGGAAAACGUGCUUCCAUCCACCAUGCAGCAAGGAGGAGGCAGUGCUUCCCAGCCGACAGAAAAUGUACUGAGGAGCUUGGACUCGGCACAGCCUCAAGGAUCAGACAUGUGA